AUGGCUAAGGAGCUUUCGUCUGAUCUGGUUGAGGAGAUACUCUCAAGGGUUCCAGCUAGAUCUCUGGUACGAUUAAGAUUCACUUGCAAGCAAUGGGAAACCCUAAUUGCAGAGCCGAGAUUCGUCAACAAGCACUUGUAUCAUAUGCGUUGCCGUGAGCAACAAUUCACCGUCUUCAACAAUGAACACGUAAUUUCUCCUCUAUUCGGUUCCGCAAUUUCUUACGUUGGUAUCGAUUUCAACAAACCGGGAAAAUGUGGUUUGAAAUUGCCUUUUCCAAUAGCUUUAACACCUGCGAUCAAUAUUUCUCAUUGUGAUGGUCUAUUGCUAUACGUCACUAAAAGUAUGGUUUUGGUAUCGAAUCCUUUGCUGAAUCAAAAGAGAUGGAUCAAAUGUACCGAAGGAUUUGACCACCAGUCCAUGGAUGUGUAUGGUCUUGGAUACAUCAGUAACCAGUUAUCUAGUUCUUUUGAUUACAAAGUCGUUAGGUUUCGUUGUAGAGUGGAAGCUAAAGAUAAAUCAAGGGUUGAAGUCUACGCAUUCAAAUCUGAUUCUUGGAAGGUUGUUGUCGAUAAAAACUUCGAUGGGUUUGAUGGAUCACCAUUUUCAAGUGUGUGUUUGCGAGGAACUCCUUAUUGGCUAGGUUACAAUAAGGAUGGGAUCAUGUCGAUACAGAGUUUCGAUUUCUUACAAGAAAGAUUUGAACCCUUGUUUCUUCCUUCUCCAUCCAUUGAAUUGGAAAAUUACUGUUCUUUAGGGAUUUUUAGAGGAGACCAACUUUCUUUGUUACUUGGAUGCUACAGAACUGGUAAGAUUCACCUAUGGGUGAUGAAGAAGCAGCACUGGAAAACGGUGAUGACAGUUGAUGUACCUCAAUAUCCAAUAUUUGGUCAGUAUUUAAGUUCCUUCAUUGAGAGAAAUGGUAGGCUUGCACUAUUUAUCGAAAGCCAGCAUAUGAUUAGCAUCUACAUUGUGGGAGAGAAUCAAGAUUACCAAAAAAUUGAAUACCUCACUGGUAUCGGACCUACGCUCAGUGAUUGUUGCUAUGUGCAGAGCUUGCUUCAGGUUCCAGCGUUUCGAGGUGAGAAGAUGGGGAAUAAACUGGCUAGAAAGAGGGAUUCAUAUUGUGUUUAAAACUAUGUUCCAAG